AUGAGCGAGACAAGUGAGCUUUCCCUCGAGGAAGUCAACACAUGGAAGGUGGACGCUCUCAAGUUAUUUUGCCGUGGUCUUAAAACUUCUGGAGCUAAAGCUGAACUUGUAGCCCGUGUGUUUGCAGCAUCAGAGAUGGGAAUCCAAGUACAAGCAUCGGCUAAAGAACUAAUGUGCAUCACGGAGUCUGAGAGAGCGGCUAUUGUUUACUCCUGAGGGCAGCAAGCUUCCCGAUCCUCUUGGGCUAAAGGACGGAUGGAUUGAUGAAAAGAUGGGCUAACAUCAUGGCCUCCUAUAUUUCUAAGUGACAUUACGAAAUAUCUGAUGGCUGAUCAUCCUGGAAAGGAUAUUAAACUGCACGAACGGGUCAUGAAUGAGUACAAAGAGGGAAAGCAUACCGCUUAUUUGACUCGGGCUUUCUGAAAGAAGUUUUCUACCAUGAACUAGAAAAUAUGGAUUUUUGCUUCUUGAAAGCAAAAUGUACGCAUUCGAUGAAGGUUGGUGAUACACCACAUACAUCAUGGAUUUGUUCAAGAAAAAAUGGAGAGAUUAUCAGUGCCUACUGUACCUGUACUGCUGGGUAUGUUAGACUUUCUGUUUUAUAAGACUUUAACUUGUAACUGAUGCAAAAUAUAAGCCUAAAAUAUCAUGUUUAUCAUAUACCUCGAUUUUAUGACUAAUGUUGUUGGUCUAAGCUCAAUAUAUAUUAUACUUUAGAAUGUUUAAAAUAUUAUGUCUAUCAUAUAUACCUAACUAUUUGUUAUUUCUUGUUUCAGUAUGAGUGGUUCUUGUAUUCAUGUGAUGGCACUGCUGUUCAGAAUUGAAGCAGCAAACCGUAAUGGUAUGACAAAUCCUGCAUGUACGUCCAAAGAGUGUGUGUGAAAUGUUCCAAUAGGAAACAAGACUGUAAUCAAGCCCUCUAGAAUUUGUGAUAUGGAGUGGAAGGCUUCAAAGCUAAAUAAAAUGUUAAAAAAUAAAAAGGUAUGUUAUUAAGUUUAAAAAUAAGAAAGUUCUUAAAACAAAGUAUUAAUUUACUUUUAUUUUGUGUUUUUCUAGAGACGACCAGACCUAUGUAUAAAGUUAUUCAAUUCACAUGAAGAGUUGAAGCCCCUGACUAAAAAGGAAAGAGGAAGUGUUUUAUAAUAAUUUGAAGGACUUGUUGGAAUCGGCAUUCAUAAAUUAUUUGAGGAACCGUUCUUAUUAAUACUGAAGUACCUGAAUGUAACCUAAGUCAUCAAAGAAAGACUUAAUUAUGAUAUACAUCUGAUUGAACAAGGCACCAUUUUCUGAGAAUUUUACAGAAAAGGCCGAUUAACUGUUUUCUAUAGAGUACAUACUAAACCCUUAAAACUAAGGGGGGUGAUGACGGAACCAGACCAAUCCAGGGUAAAAAGUAAUGGACCGUCGGAACAUUUACCUGCUCUAAAAUAUGGAAGAAACAUGGAGAAAGUUGCUAAGGAUAAGUAUGUGAAACUGUUUCAGAGGGAGCACAAAGAUGCAAAAUAUUCAAAUUCAUUGGAGCAUCCCCUGAUCUGCUUGUUGAAUGUUCCUGUUGUGGAUUAGCCCCUUAUUCUAUUGUUAAUGAUUUACCAUCAGAAGACAAAAAAAGAUUAAUGGCAAAAUUGUCUUGAAAGAGAAGCAUGCAUAUUUUGCACAGAUACAGGGACAAAUGGCUGUGACAAAGAGAACAUGGUGUCACUUCCUGGUCUACACCCAAAAGGGUUAUCAUCUGGAGCUAAUCAAGUUCAAUAAUGAUUACUGGGAAAAGAUAAAGCAAAACCUAAUUUGGUUUUAUAAUAAGUAUUUAAGUGAAUGA